AUGGCAUCUGCAUCCCCAGGAUGGAACUCUACGUGGAAAAGUCAACCCCAACACCUGAAGCUGCAGCACUCCAUACUCAAAGCAGCCCAAAAAGCAGCACCACCACACGUCGCAGCAGUUACGGCAGUGGUAGUAGAGGGAACGUUAAAAGAAACAGACGUACUCCUCUCAGCACUCACUGCAGCGUCAGCAGUGGCAGAAGCAGCACCCAUACUAACAACAAAACCCUCAGAAGCAGUGAAAGCAGCACAACAACUCGACUCAGCACUAUGGACAGUGAUACUAGCAUCAGCCGCAGCAACACCUGCAGCCAUAGAAGCAGUAGCACUCGUUGAAAUAGUAACUUCACAUGCACCAUUGCUGCAACAGUACUCAUCGCAGACAACACCAACAAACACACCCGUAGCAGCAGCAGAAGCAGCCACCACACAGGCAGAAGAAGAUGCAGCUGCAGACGCAGCAACAACACCCUCACUAAAAGUAUUCAUCAAUGCACUACAGAUGGUGCAAUGCGCGGCAGGUGUAAGGGCAUCGAAGGGGACACCCCGAGAAGCAGCAGCAACAGAAAAAUUCGCCUCAGCACUAUCCUGGGCGGCAGCAACAGACACAGCCGCCACACCCACAGCAGAAGAAGCAGCAACAGCUGCACUCGUCGCCGUAGUAACAGGAGUAAAUUCAGCGCAGUCAUCACCACCACCACCUUCACCAUCACCGAUGGACACCUCAGAUGCUGCAGCACCCACACCAAAACCAGUGGCAGUCACCACAGCACCCUCAUCAACAGCACCAACACCAAAACCAGUGGCAGCAGCAGUGGCACCAGCAGUGGCAGCCACCACCCCCACAGUAAUAGAAGCACCAGUAGCAACACCCUCACUAACAGAACUCUUCGACGCGCUCCACGCAGCAGCAACAACACCCUCACCAGCAGCAGCAGCAGCAGCACCAGAACUCAUCUCAGCACUAUAUAGAGCGGCAGUAGCAGCCGCAGCAGCAACACCUUCACCAACAGAAGCAGCAGCCACAGCAGCACUCAUUGCAACAUUGAGCAGGCUACCUGUGUGA